AUGGCAACAAAACCUCCACUGAGUCAAGACUUUGAAUCAGCUGUCAACUCCCUUCCGUCCUAUUCACGUAAGACAGAGACAUCAUAUCGCAGUCUGAUCGACACAUAUGGUACACAUUACAUCACACAAGUGUCUCUGGGAGGGGAAAUAAAAGCAAGCACUGCUGUCCGGACCUGCCAGACAACCAUGAGUGGUCAGUCUGCAACAGAAGUCAAAGACUGUUUGUCAGUUGAGGCGUCUGCUAGCUUUGUAAAUACUGCUAGCAUUAAGGCCGAGUACAAACACUGUCAGGCAAAGAAGAAGAAGCUAGGCUCCAGUCAAAGUUUCAGCAGCACAUUUAAUGAACGUACCACAGAGGUCAUUGGUGGACACAUCUACGAGGCUGACAUCCUCUUUCAAGGCCAAUCAAACCCCUCUGUCUAUAGUAACUGGCUUAGCUCACUGAAAACCACACCUGAUGUGGUCCGAUACAGCAUAAAUCCCCUGCACACCAUACUGCCAACUGGUCAUAUUGCCAGAGCUGGACUGAAGCAAGAGGUGGAGAAGUACAUCAAGAAAAAUGCAGUGUUGAAAAAAUGCUCAGAAACCUGUAAGAUUGGGCGCAGAUCCAGCAAAAGGGAUCCUUGUGCUUGCACCAGUAGUCAGAAUAUCAAGUCAAACUGCUGUCCUGCUGGGAAAGGUCUUGCAACAUUAAAGGUUUUCAGGCUCUAUGCAGAAGAUCUUUAUGGUGAUGUGUCUACUCAGACAGAUGGUUCAGUGGAGGUUAGUUACGGUGAUAAGAAUAAGCGUACUGCCAUCAUAAAUAACAAUGACAAUCCUAAAUGGCCAGAGACAUUUGAGUUUGGACCCAUCGUCAUUAACAUGAAAAACCAACUUACGUUCGGUGUUUAUGAUGAGGAUUCUUACUGGAACAGUGAUCCGCUUGGUGGGUGUUCAUUUGAUCUGCGUAGAGGAAAAGUGAGCGACAGCUGCAUGUUAAAUCACGGUACCUUCUUCUUCUCCUACAUAGUAGAGUGCGCACCACGUCUUGGUGGUGACCAAUGUCAAGAAUACAUCCCCUCCCCGAUGAGUCCCUCUUUGGCCAAGGUCUUCCACACUAGAAACGGGGUCCUUCUUGGAGAGACAGGGAAGAGGAAUGCUACAUCAGUCAGUCAGGUUAAGGUCAGCGGUCUACAUGAGAUGGGGUGAUGAGAGAAUAAGAAUUUAAGUUUAUGAUUAUCUUGCAUCUAGUUAAUCGCAUAUUUCACACUGUUACUAUUUCUUUAUUUGACUUUUGUUAACAAAAUAAUACAUUGUCAA